AUACAUUAGCUGGGUUCUGACGUUGGUACACCUAGGGUAUAUAAACAAUUUAGAAUAGACGUGCAGUGGAACUUCUACAGCCAUGCAUCCGUGCCACGUUCUGGCCUGUCUGGUUCUUUUUCAAACAGUGUGUACCUUACCAGCCAAAUAUUCGGACGAUGAAAUAGAGAGGUUAUUACGAAAUUUUCUUGAAAAAAGAAAGCAUAAACAUUUGCAUGACAAUGUUCAACGGAGAAACCCACACCAUCAUCUUAAAAAAGAAGACUUAGAACAGGACGAGUUGGAUUUAAAUUCCCUAGCCCAAGAUUAUGCGGAGCGUCAGACUGACUACCUAGGAGAUGGUCCCCACAAGCCAAGAAACUUGAACAGAGGAAAAAAGGGUCCAGAAAUUGCUGAAGAAAAAGAUGUACACAAAACAUUCAACCACAUCAGGUUACCUACCAAUCAGGAAAAAAGAACCUUUCAAAUCGACUAUGGGUGGAGGUGGCCCAACAGAACUAUUCAAUACGCUAUUGACUACGCUUCCUUUAGCCCCAACCAGGCGUCAGCAGAGAGUAAGAUCAAGUCCACUCUGGCCCUGAUGGAGCAGGCAACAUGCAUCCGUUGGGAGGAGGUGACUGACCCCAACUACCCAUACCACCACAUCAACUUCUACGGAAACACGACUUCAUGUGCUUCCUACGUUGGCUAUAUCAAAACCGUUGGUCAAAAGAUCUGGCUAGCACCCGGAUGUUUAUGGACUUCAGUAAUCCUCCACGAAAUUCUACAUGCCCUUGGAGCAUGGCACGAGCAAGAGCGGCCUGACAGACAGGGUAACAUCAAUGUUUUGUUUGAAAACAUCGCCCCUUAUGCCGUCGGCAACUUUGAAUGGCAGCAUACACAUGAAUAUGGGCCGUAUGACCUUGGAUCGGUUCUGCAAUACGGUUUAUCGAGUUUUGCAAAGCAGUCUGGACUUCGAACGAUGUCAAUUUCGGACACUGAUCUGGAAUAUCUCGUUUCUAACAACAAAGAGGAUUUAUCAUUUUAUGACAAAUACAGGGUGAAUCAGUACUAUGAGUGUACAGCAACUUGUUCACUAACGUGCCUUAAUGGUGGAUUUGAGAAGAUGAACUCUGACGGUGUAUGUUCCUGCCAGUGCCCGGACGGAUUGACAGGUUCAGAUUGCUCUCAGGUGGACUCCUCAGCAGGAUGCGGAGGGAUCAUUGAUAUAACGACCCCAGGGUCAUCUCAGUUCAUCGAGAUGACAUCAUACGGCACUGGACUUCUAUGUACUUGGCUAAUAAAGACUCCCAUUGCGACAACCAUCAAGGCUACAAUAGAGUCUUUGAACCUCCCAGACAGUGCAAACAACAACUGCUAUCACUUUCUGAUUUUUAAGGACUACCUGAUUGGAGAUCCUGGAAAACAGGCUUGUGGAGAUACCCCUGGUGCUGUGUACUCCAAGUAUAUCCAUGGUAACCACAAUAUGAUGAUGAUUCAAUUUGACAGCGCGUCAUAUCCUGACAUUACACCUGGAGCAGGGUUCCGUGUAAAAGUAGAGGCUAUUCCGUCGGGUUGUUACAGCAACCCUUGUAAGUUCGGAUCCACGUGUCAGGAGGGUGGUUCUGUUGACCAAUACACGUGUCUUUGUUCUCAGGGGUUCUCUGGACAAAAUUGUGAUGAGGUCACAGCGAGUGCGACCGUUAGAUCUACCUUUGAGAAGGACUAUGCUGGAAGUAUUUUUCAACAGGAUCCUACGUCUGCCUUUUGGUGGAGCAUUGUUACGAAGUCCAACUUUGAUGGGACCACGGUCUACCCUAACUCUGGUCAACUGUUCGCCGUCAUGAUUCCUUACCUGACUGUCUUCUACCUGUAUACAACUACCAAAGUACGCACAGAGGCUAAAUUCGAAGCUGCUGAGAGAUGCCUGAACAUGACGUACAUCAUGGACAACAAGACUAACGCUAACUGGCCGCAGUACUACACCAAGAUACUGGUCACCGUGCUGGACGGGGGUACCGUCCUUAACGAGUACACCUACUCCAACCAUACAGACACCAUGUGGCGCUACACUCUGGUCGACCUUCCCGCCGUCAACGAUCUCAAGGUUGAAAUAACUGGUGUGUAUGGAUGGAAUACGUUUGCAAUGGAUGAUCUGGCUAUACUUCCGGGCCAAUGUGGGUGUGUCAAUCACCAAUGCGUGAACGGGCAAUGUGUUUCUGGCGAAGGAAGUUACACGUGCCAGUGUGAUGCGGGCUAUUCCGGUCCUUACUGUGAUGUCUCAGACAAAGUCGAUGGUGGUUGGUCAGUAUGGUCGGCGUGGAGCACGUGCACGGUGUCUUGUGGCGGUGGUACCCAGACCCGAUCACGCAGCUGCUCAGACCCUGCACCAGUGAACGGUGGAGCUGAGUGUGUAGGGCAUGACACGGAAUCACAGAACUGUAACUCACAGGACUGUCCAGUCGAUGGGGGUUGGUCCAUUUGGUCGGCUUGGAGCACGUGUACGGUGUCUUGUGGCGGUGGUACCCAGACCCGAUUACGCACGUGCUCAGACCCUGCACCACUGAACGGUGGAGCUGAGUGUGAAGGACAAGGCACGGAAUCACAGAACUGUAACUCACAGGACUGUCCAGUAGUCAAUGGAGGUUGGUCCAUUUGGUCGGCGUGGAGCACGUGCACGGUGUCUUGUGGUGGUGGUACCCAGACACGAUCACGCACGUGCUCAGACCCUGCACCAUUGAACGGCGGAACUGAGUGUUUAGGACAAGGCACGGAAUCACAAGACUGUAAUAGUGACGGUUGUAAAGUCGACGGGGGUUGGUCCAUAUGGUCGGCGUGGAGCACGUGUACGGUGUCUUGUGGUGGUGGUACCCAGACACGAUCACGCACGUGCUCAGACCCUGCACCACUGAACGGCGGAGCUGAGUGUGAAGGAGACAUUAGUCAGACACAGAGCUGUAACACUGACGGAUGUGCAGAAACGUUUGUCUGCAAAUUUGAACAAGAAAACGAAGAAAACUGCUUCCUGGAAGAAGGAACUAAUGAUGAUUUUGACUGGAUCAGGAAUUCUGGAGGAACGGAUACAAAAGGCACAGGCCCGGGUCGAGCCUAUUCUGGUUCGUUUUACAAGUACAUUGACCCCACCGGCAAGAGUCAAGGGCAGAAGGCGGAACUGGUCAGCAACAAAGCUUUCCUAGACACGGCGUACUGCUUUUUCUUUGCCAAACACUCCAAAGGCCGAGACGUUGGAUCGUUAGAGGUUCUGACUAAAGAUGGCACACAGGAAACUACACACUAUUUGUUUAAUACUUCCGUGAAAGGGUGGGAAAGCUUCUCCAAAACCAUACAGCUUAAUAGCAAUACAAAGCUAAUCAUACGUGCCACAGUGGGUUCUGGUCAGAAAGGAGACAUAGCCGUGGAUGAAGUGACUGUGACCCCGGGACAGUGCUGAAAAAUAACUAAUCUACCUGACAAAUACCCCGAUGUACUCGAUUAAAUUCUACGAUGUACACGAUAUUCAAAAUACCUAAUAAAACCGCCAAAAUAACCGACCAUUUACUGUUCUUUUCAUUGAAAGCAAAGCCUUCUUUCAUUACAAGGUCGGAAACUCUUAUUUAAGAACUAUUUUAUAAGUUAAUAUUUGUAAAACUCAGGAUUGUACGACGAGUUUGAAUUUUUUAGUCAAUGAUCUGGUUUAAGAACGAUUCAUUAGAUUAAUAUUGUUUACAAACUAUAUAGUUUAUAUGUAUUUGUAAAAUGCGUUUUCUAUAGUUUAUGAAAUUAUUGUAUUUUAUGUUCCUGUAGGAAUUUUAUUUUAUGUAGCCUUUAUUUUAUUUUUGCAUAUAGUUUUUCUAAUUCGAUUUUUUUUCCGAUUCUCAUAAAAAAAUAAAUAAAAGUUUGAAUUUC